CUCGGCUGGUCCACAAUCUUUCCCGCGUUAAAAUUCUGGAGACGGAUUUGCGCGAGUUUGCAUUAUACCGAACGGCGCAGCCUAGAAUUUUUAUUUGUCUAGUGUUCGAUCAAAUUGGAUUUGGGUUCGAUACUUCGAGCUUAAGGAAAGCGCUUCUCGAUAGGACGCGUUUGGAAGCCGAGGGAGGACGCAGCGUGAAUCUCCAAUUAUUGGAUUUUUGAUAUUUUUAGGAGAACGCUUGUUGUUGUGGUUGCUGGGGUCGUGAAGGUUGUUGAAUUAGGGUUCUGGAGCUUCAGUUAAGGCCAUGUCGAUGCUCGAUGCAUUCUUCAACAAGGGAUUCAAAGGAGCCAAAUGUAAAACCCUUCUGAAGCUGACUAUUCCGCGCAUAAAGUUGCUGCGGAACAGAAGAGAGGUUCAGAUAAAACAAAUGAGGAAGGAUAUUGCCAAGCUUCUUGAGGCUGGGCAAGAAGCAACAGCUCGCAUACGCGUGGAGCAUAUUAUUCGUGAGGAGAAUAUGAUGGCUGCGCAGGAGAUUAUUGAGCUGUUUUGUGAACUUAUUGCCGUCCGUCUUCCCAUUAUCGAGGCACAGAGGGAAUGUCCUCUAGACUUGAAAGAAGCAAUUUCCAGUGUGUGUUUUGCUGCACCUAGAUGUGCAGACUUGCCAGAACUACAGCAGGUUCAGAUGUUAUUUGCUACCAAAUAUGGAAAAGAGUUUGUCUCAGCUGCAACUGAACUCAUGCCAGACUGCGGUGUUAAUCGCCAGCUAAUUGAACUGCUCUCAAUCCGUGCCCCUCCUGCUGAAGCAAAACUGAAGUUACUGAAGGAAAUAGCAGAGGAACAUGAGUUGGAUUGGGAUCCAACUGCCUCACAAACUGAGUUAUUCAAGACACAUGAAGAUCUUCUGAAUGGCCCAACACAGUUUGCCAGUGGGUCUAAACUGCCUCUCCCUAAAGAGAAACAUGAUGAGUCACUGUAUUCAGCAUCUACUGAAGCACUUGACCAGCAAUCUGAUUCUGAUACAGGCUUUGAUACAUUAGAUCUUCCUGAAGUCCCUAAAGUACCAUUGCGACCUAGUGCCGAUACUACAGCCCCAGAACUAGUUCCUCGGUCUGGGUCAUCUUCUCCAGAUUCCGUGAAUGUUUCAGGACUGGGGAAGCAUUCUGAGAAUGAUCAUGAAGUAACAAAAUAUUCAGGAGUUGAUCAUGAACUUGCAAAGCAUUCUGGUACUAAUGAGAAUCCCUUCCAUGAGUCACAUAUGGAGCCUGAGGAAGUUGUAAGAGAACCACCGGUUGCUUCCCCAGCCAAUAUUUCAACUGGAACAGGUGAAGAGAAACAAUUCCUGCCAUUCAUUACUCCACCUUCAUUAUCCUCUGCCUCGUUUUCGUCAAGACAAUGCAAUCCAGCCCCCUCUCUUUCAAAGACAAAAAGUGAAGCCAGUUUUGACCUAGAGGAUGUCUUGGCUGCUGCUCAGGCCGCUGCAGAAACUGCAGAACGUGCAGCAGCUGCAGCUCGUUCAGCAGCAAGUCUUGCACAGGUCAGAAUCACCGAACUCAUCAAGAAAAGGAAUGACCAGGCGUCUGAGAAGGAUGAGCUCGAAAUAGACAAUCAGAAUCAAUCAGCCGGUGUGGGGAUGCCACAGUUCGAUCACCGGCAGUCUUUUGGUGAUACUGACGGCGCUUCGUAUUCCUUGGAUUCACAUCCAGAAAAUGGAUCCAACGAGAGAUCAGAUUCUCCAAAUUUUUCUUUGUAUGACACACCUCAAGUGGGAUUUGAGCCUCCUUCUAGUGACCAAAUAAACGAACAUGAGUCCACCCGGCACCAGCCUCAGCGGUUGCCUUCAAUGGAGGAUGACCCAUAUUUCUCGUACCCAAACUUAUUUACUUCACAGGAGUCAAACCUUGGGUCUAGUAUAUAUACGAUAGGCAAUUCAAGAACAACCCAUUAAGUCUGAGUUGGAUUGUCAUGAAUAAACAAAGCCCUUGUCUUUUCUACAGAGUAUUCCAUGUUUCGCUGUGUUUAUGUAAGUGAUGUAGCCUACAGCUAGAUAUAUUGGUUAUUUUAAAGUUUUUGGUGGUGUAUUAUGUCUACGGAGUUGGGGAUUGAUGUAUCGAACACUUUGAUAUGUUGAGAUAUUUAGGUGUACCCUGAAUCUUCGAUCCAAUGCAUCAUGAUAUGUUUCAGGUGA